AUGAACGACUCCGGAUUUGUGUCCGUUUACUGGGACAUGACCGCGUCGGCCCAUCCAACAGUAACCGGGUUCGAUAUCACAAAUGCAAUUCGAAAGCUGCUCAAGCCUUUGGGAAUUAUCCAGCUUUUCAAGUUCUAUGUUGACCUCUCACAUCCUGCGGCUCCAAGCGGGAAUCUAAAGUCGGAAUUGCAAUGUUCUGGGGUGACAGUGGUCGACACCGCAUCGAAUGGCCGCCCAAAUGCAUCGAAUAAGAUGAUGAUUGCGGAUUGUAUCGUCCAGGCGCUCAACCUACCCCCUCCGCACACCUACGCUCUUAUCUCAGGGGAUAUGGACAUUCUCUACGCUGCGUCUCUUCUCCGCAUGAGAGGUUACAACGUGGCUAUCCUAUGCCCAGCGGCUUCCGAGCAAAUACUACUGGCAGAGGCCGAUUGGAACGACUCGCAUCAUCGACUUUUUCGGCGGGUUUUUGACAAUGGACCUGAAUUGACCCAGUGCGGGGCUCCUUCGUAUCAGUCGCAAACAGGCUCGGACGGCCCGACCUAUGAGGUACCAGUAACCAGCCAUCUUGGGCCUCUCUCGACACUUCAACAAACCCACGCGGCCACGAACCAUCACCACCCUUCCAUCGUCGAAGAGGAGAGUCCACUGCCGACUUCCGGACUGACCAGACCUCAAGAUCCCUCGGUUUCCCCUGCCCCACUUUCCGUAGCCAGCGCUUCACUGCCCACUCUGAAUGCACAGGACCUUCCGACGUUGCCCUCAGAUUCAUCGACGCUGGUGUCGACCCGUGCAACCUCGCCCCCAGGACCAAAGUCGGUCGAGACGUCAUCUAUAGGACAAUCAUCGCAGGCGACCUCCUCAACUCUCGAUCCUUCAGCCAAGGUCUUCGCACCGUCGUUUGCUUUCAGUAUUCCAGGGAGAUCUGCAUCAGCCCCUCCCAAAGAUGCGUUGUUCACCCAGGAAUUCGGUCAGGAACGCGACUCUGUUGAACCAGAACCUGCAUGGACAACAAGUGGACAACAAUCGGACUCGAAUGGAACUUCCGCAUUCUCCAUUUGGGUCUCUAAUCCAACGUCAUCCGCCUCGACACAGUUGGCACUGUACCUGGAACUCCCCCUGAAGUACAGGGUCCUGGUUGAUUGCUUGCGCAGUUCACCCUCAUACUCUAUUCCACGAAAUGGCAUCGACGGCGCAAUGCGAAAGAUCGACCCUAACUAUCGCAUCAAUUCUGGGAUGGAUCCUGUUCCCCAGCCCAUCGUCAAACUCAUCGAAGGUGCUUAUGAAGAGGGCAUCAUAACCUCCAAGACAGGGUCGCACAUCACUCUGACCCCCCGCUACCGCUGA